AUGGCUGGCUCUCCAGUAAAUACGUCCCAGGGUCUGCUGACAUUCCGGGAUGUGGCUGUGGACUUCUCCCGGGAGGAGUGGCGAUGCCUGGACUCGGGUCAGAGGGCUUUGUACAUGGAUGUGAUGCUGGAGAAUUACAGCAACCUGCUCUCUGUGGGUAUUAUUGCGUGCAAGGCAGACCUGGUCCCCUGUCUAGAGCAAAUCCAAAUGCCCUGGAAUGUGAAGAGAGAGGAGAUGGUGGCCAGACCAGGUAGGGAGACCCAACAGAUGUGCAGUAACUCGGAGGAGGUCUUGGAUCAAGGCUCGAAGCAUAUUGCCUAUGAGCGUGUGGCUAUUCCACCAAAGUCUCGUAAAUGUAAUGAGCUUGGUAAAAUGAUUCAUGACUCCUCCCAAUGGGCACUGUGCAAAACAAAUAAUUCUACAGAACACUGCUACAAAUACGGAUGGAUACAAAACCACGGGGAUGAGUGUACUGGAUCAGUCAACUUCAGUAGGCAUGAAAGCAUGCACACUGGAGAAGAACCUUGCAAAUAUAAAGAUGUUGGCAAAUCUUUUAUUUUAUUUUCAAAUGUAAGUCAGAGUCAUGGAAACUACAUAGGAAAGAAAGAGUAUACAUAUAACGAAUGUGAUAAAUCUUUUGGCUUUUCCCCAAAACUUGUACAGCUCAAAGUCCAUAAUGAAGAGAAACCACACCAAUUCAGGAAACGUGGGAAGUCCUUCAGGAACUGCUCGAGCCUCAGCACACAUCAGAGAGCUCAUACUGGAGAGAAACUAUGGAAGUGCACAGAAUGUGACGAGUCAUUUAAAUGCUUGUCCGACCUUAAAACCCAUUACAAAAUCCAUCCUGGAGAGAAACCAUUCAAAUGUCGGAAGUGUGACAAGUCCUUUACCUACUGCUCCUCUCUUAGAGAGCAUCAGAACACCCAUGAGGGAAAACUUUACAAAUUUUACAGAUGCUGGGAAUGUGACAAGUCCUUUACCCGGUGCUCGUCUCUUAGAGCACAUGAGAAAAUUCACACUGGAGAAAAGCCUUUCAAAUGUAAGGAAUGUAGCAAGUCUUUUUAUAGUCUGUCUCAACUUAGAAAGCAUGACAGAACCCACAGUGGAGAGAAACCGUACAAAUGUCAGGAAUGUGACAAAUCUUUUUCCUACUGCUCAUCUCUUAGAGAACAUCAGAACAUGCACGCCGGAAAACUUUAUAAAUGUCAGAUCUGCGACAAAUCGUUUACCCGGUGCUCAACUCUUAGAACCCAUGAGAAAAUCCAUACUGGAGAAAAACCAUACAAAUGUAAGGAAUGUGGUAAGUCCUUUUAUAUAUUGUCCCAACUUAGAAAACAUAACAGAAUCCACACUGGAGAGAAACCUUACAAAUGUAAGGAAUGCGACAAAUCUUUUACCCAGUGUUCAACCCUUAGGAUACAUCAGAAAAUUCACGCUGGAGAGAAACCCUACAAAUGUCAAGAGUGUGGUAAGUGCUUCUAUAAGUUGUCUUACCUGAAAGUCCAUUACAGAACCCAUACUGGAGAGAAGCCUUACCAAUGUAAAGAAUGUGGUAAGGGCUUUUCUCAGUUGUCCUGCCUUAAAAGCCAUGACAGAAUCCACACAGGAGAGAAACCUUACAAAUGUAGUGAAUGUGACAGAUCCUUUACGCACUGCUCAACUUGCCGGAGACAUCAGAGCACCCAUGCUGCGAAACUUUAUAAAUGUGAGGAAUGUGGCAAAUCCUUUGCCAAACAGUCAUCUCUCGGAACACAUCAGAAAACCCAUGCAGGAGAGAAACCUCACGGUUGCAAAGCAUGUGGUAAGGCCUUCUAUCAACUCUCGCACCUUAAAGUCCAUUACAGAAUCCACACUGGGGAGAAACCAUACAAAUGUUACCAAUGUGACAAAUCUUUUACCAAAUGUUCAUCUCUCAGAACCCAUGAGAAAAUCCAUGCCGGAGAGAAACCUCACGGUUGUAAAGAAUGUGGUAAGGCCUUCUAUCACUUAUCACACCUUAACAUCCAUUAUAGAAUUCACACAGGAGAGAAGCCGUACAAAUGUAGUGAAUGUGACAGAUCCUUUACCACACUGGCAAACCUUAGAAGACAUCAGAAAAUUCAUACUGGAAAGAAACCUUCCCAAAGUAGAUAA